AUGCGUCUUACAUUAAGAAGUGCUUACUUCUGGUUUUGUCUUUCAACUUUCAUAGCUGUAGAUGCACUAAUUAUUCCGCAGAAUCAUGUUUCCAAGAGAAAUACUAUAUUACUCAAACGAGAUGAUGAUGAUGAUGAUGAUGAUAACGAAACGCUGGACUCUGAUAAUUUUAAAGUAAAUUAUGAACAAAUUCCUGGCCUUUCAAAGAUAACGGAUUCUAAGAGUAUUCCAGAGAUGUAUGCUGGACAUAUUCCACUAUUUGGAUGGGAUACAGAAGAUAAAAAAGUUCCGGAAGAUUUUGGUUACUUUUUUUGGAGGUUUCAUGACAAAUCCUUACCAUGGGAUGAUGAUGAUGAUGAUGACAAUGAUGAUAAUAAUGAAGGAACAUUAAUUUUUUGGUUAAAUGGUGGCCCUGGAUGUUCCUCAAUGGAUGGUGCAUUGGUAGAGUCUGGCCCAUUAAGAAUCGAUGAUAAAGGAAAUGCAUAUCUAAAUCAGAACUCAUGGGCAUCUCGUGCAGAUAUGGUCUUCGUGGACCAACCAGCUGGAACUGGAUUUUCAGCUAUUAAAAAAGGUUCUAAUGAGAAUACCAUACCUCUUGAUGAUAAUUUGGAAGAUGUUGCAUUACAUUUCUGUCAAUUUUUAAUUAAUUAUUUCAAAGCUUUCCCUCAGGAUAUAAAUAAAAAAAUAAUUUUAGCUGGGGAAAGUUAUGCAGGUCAAUAUAUUCCUCAUAUUGCUACUGUAAUAUUAAAUUAUGAACAACACCCUGAAUUGCAAGAAAAUAUGCCUCAUUUUAAUUUAGCUGCAUUAUUAAUAGGAAAUGGUUGGAUUGACCCAGUGACUCAAUCACUAGCUUAUUUACCAUUCGCUAUUGACAAUAAUUUGGUUAAUCAAGAUACACCUGGAUUUAAUAAUUUAUUGAAAACACAUGAAGAUUGUCAGAAAAAGAUAAACACCAAAAAUGAAAAUGAUGAUGAACAAUUCUCAAUACCUGAAUGUGACAAUAUCAUCAACCAAUUAAUAUCCGUAACAAAGACUCGUGAUGAUGAUAACAAUGAACAAUGUUUGAAUGUAUAUAACUACGAAUUGAAGGACUCCAUGCCUGCAUGCGGUAUGAAUUGGCCUGCUGAUGUCUCUUAUGUGGCCCAAUUCUUUGGCGACAAAAACGUAAGAGAUGCUCUUAAUAUAAAUGAGGAAUGGGCGGCAGAGAACUGGAUCGAAUGCCGCAAGGACGUAAUGAACCAUAUGUCGAAUAAGGGAUCCAAACCAUCUAUAGAGUUCUUACCUGGUUUGUUAGAAAGAGGUCUAAAUGUUGUAUUAUUUAAUGGUGACAAGGACCUUAUCUGUAAUAACAGAGGUAUUACAGAUAUGAUUAAGAGUAUGAAAUGGGGUGACCAAUUAGGCUUUUCAGACAACGCAGAGAAUUAUGACUGGAUAUUCAGACAACAAACUAAACGUGAUACUGAUGUUGCAGCUGGUUACGUAGUCUAUGACAGAAAUCUGACUUUUAUUAGUGUCUAUAAUGCAUCACACAUGGUUCCACACGAUAAGCCAGUAAUCAGUACCGGUAUUGUCGAUAUCAUUCUAGAUAACGUAUUGUUGGAAUCUAUUGGUAAAAGACAAGUACUGGUGAGCUCAGAAAAACCAUAUAACGAGGAUUUCUUUGAUGAGGAUGAUGCCGAUGAUGAUGAAGAUGAUCACGAAAAUGAAGAACCGGAGAAAAUAAAACAAGGUGAUGAUAAUGACGAAGAAAAAGAUGAUGAUUCUCAACGUUACUACUACUACUACUAUUAUGAUAAGGAUGAGGAUUAUGAUGAGGAUGACGACGAUGCAAUGUUAAGACUUGACGAUUAUGAUAGCCACAGAGCUAUCAUUUUCACUUCUUUCUUCGUCAUCCUAUUCAUUGGUGUUAUUGCAAUAAGAACUUUGGAUCGUUGGUGGCCGAAGGUAUCCUCACAAUUCGGAGGAGCAUAUAGUAGGCUUGAUAACAAUCCAAACAAGACAGUUACCUGGGCAGAUGAAGCCAACCCUCAAAUGAACUUCGAAUUAGGUGACAUGAAUGCUGAUGAAGAUUUUGAAAUAGAUGACACCGAUGAAGAAUUUGACCAGGAAAAUCUUGAAGAGAAUGAGAGUGAUUCUAAUUCAGACGUAUCCGAAUUAGAUAUUGGAGAAGGAUCUACCAGUCCCGAACAUGUGGGAGAACAGCAGGUAUUGAGAUCUCCUUAG